GAUGAUGGUGGAGAUCUAGUCUCCCAUUUUUCGAGUAUCAAGUCCUCUUUCUCCAGCUUCGUGAGUGCCUUGGAAAAGGGCAUCUCUGAACUUACCGGCGGAUCGUUUAACUUCCCCUUCAAUGGCCAUGAUGCCGGAACUUCUGGCGAUAACCGUGACGCCACCUCUUGGGACGCUACUGAGUUAUUACAGUCUAGUACGGUUGUUAUGCAAUGCUUGAGACUGGCCUGGCUGCUAAACCUCGUCACACUUCUGGUGUCCUUUCUUGAGUGA